GACAGUUUUUGUCAAAAUGAUUAUCGACCUAAUGUAAUUGACAAGUAUCCAAUUUAAAAUUAUGGGUAUGCGACUAUUUCGAAAGAUUCUUUCAAGUAAAAAUUCCAGAGACAUCUUCACUAAUCACCGAACCAAUCCUGUUAAAAAACCUGGACAAAUUCAGAAAAACAAAAAUAUAGGCAGUAGAUUUAAUCAAAAUCUCAGUUUUUUCCCUUCUGGAAAGUACUCCUCUUGUUCUUCAAGUUCAGAGCAGGAUCAAACAGGAAGACAUCAAUUUCAUCCAGACAUUGAAAAAGCUAUAAAUCAGCAAAUUUUAACAGAAUUCACUGCAAGUUAUACGUAUCUUUCGAUGUCUGUAUUCUUCGGUAGAACUAAUAUUGCUUUGCCUGGAUGCCAAGGUUUUUUCUACAACAUGUAUUUAGAGGAAAUAGAUCACGCAGUGGUUUUCAUGAAUUACCAACUUAUGCGAGGAGGGCAAGUUAUUUUAUGUGCAAUUGAAGCUCCAGAAAAAGAUUGGGGAACUAUAGAUAAAGCUUUCUGUGCAGGACUUCAACUUGAAGAAUCAGUUAAAGAGAAAAUUGACUGCCUUACCAUGGAAGCCGAAAAACAUCAUGAUCAUCAAUUGGUAGAUUUUUUGACAUCACAAUAUCUUAAAGAACAGAACGAAUGUAUUCAAAAAAUGGGAAGACUUCUUAUAAGAGCCCGAAAGAUGAUAAAAGAUCCAAAUGGAGAAUUUCUCUUCGACAGACAGUUGUUCUUGAAUUAUGUUAAAGAUAAAAAUUUAAUGUUUCUUACACAUAUACCUGAUGCAGAAGACAAAGAAUAUAAAUAAAAAAGUAUUCUUGC